AUGGAUCCAAACCAACAGUUCCCGGGUAUCUUGUACAGUACAGUACUCAAAAUAAGCGAAGCAUGGCAAAAGCCGUGGCAUCAUAACGCCGCUGGGAUGACAAGUCAUCCAUUGACCAGGUAUGAUGAGGCAGGUCUCAAGGUGAAGCAAAAGCAAAUCUCCUUCCGCAUUCUGUGCAAGCAUAGCAUUUGUCGAGUAUCCGAUAUAGAAGCCCAAUUGUUACCAGUCUUCGUUUUGUACAUCAGUCAAGUUGCUCGUCGUAAAAUCAUGCAUCGUGUCCAUGUUGUCGGCUGUAACCAAGCUCAAUGA